CGUCCGUGGCCAACCAGUUCCUUGGGAAUACUUUCGGCAAACGGUCGCGUUCGUGCGAACGCCUUACGUUCGAGCCGCCUUGAAGCGCGAUCGGAAAUAACUCACGAUCAAGCAUAAUUCCCGUCGCAACCCGGGAAUCGCUUUGAGUAAACGCGCUUUUGCGCUCUUCGAGAUUUCUGUGACGAAAGAUUUGUAUGCGCGAGUUUUUCAAUUCUUCUUGCUGAUGACCGUGGACCGACGGUACUGUCUACGUGAUCAUUAGUUCCGUUGUGUUUCGGGGAUUAAGUUUUUAAAUGAUAAGUGUUUUUAAUUGUGAUAACUAGCUUCAUUCAAGGAUCUUUUCGUGUUUUACCAAAGUUUGUUUAGUUGAAAUUUAAAGUUCCUGUUAAGUGUUACAGAAGAACAACAAAGAUAUCUUCUGCGGCGUUCGCGAAUAGUCGUUAACCUUUCAUAAGCAUUUGUUGCCUUAGUUUCCUAUCCAUACAGAUUCCGGCGCUUGCGUAAGAAAAUCAAUCGUAAAAGUGUGUUUCGAGAGUUACGGUAAAGGUGUUUGCACUUUCACGCAGAGCAAUAAGUAUUGAUCUCAGCCUCCUUCUCAGGCCACUGCGCAGCAUGCAACUCCUAACAGCAGCACGAGCAAGUUGAUUGCUACAUUAAUGAUAGUGUUUGUUGGUGGCAAUUUUGUUGCUUAUGUUAAUUAAUUUAAUUUCAUCAAAGACCGAUCUGUUGGAGUGGCGAGUAAUCAGGAAUGAUAUGUUGAGAAGAGUAGAUGAGAGUGCAACCAAUGCAAAGAAGUGUUCAGAACCGGCAUCACAUGAAAGUGUUUUUACGUUUUCGGAUGACACUGUGAAAUGAAUGCUGCGUGUUGUCAGAUUGUUGAAAUGCCAGUUGUUUAUGUGCAGUUUUUAGUGCAUUAAUGCAUGCAAUCGCAAAUAAUAGUGUUCAGUGAAGCUGAUAAUGGCAUCCUUGCAUCCUGAUACAACUACGAUGAUGAAAAUUAAUUAAUGAAAAUAAUGUCCAGCAAUGGACUUCACGGCAGCUGCACACAUGAAGUAGAGUGACUCGUUAUGCAAUAAAUGUAACUAGAUACUCAAACUCAUUAGAAGUUGAGGUGAAUUAUUUGUGAUAAAAGUAAACAAAGACUUAUUCUGUGUACAAUAAAAACAAAACUGUUUCAAACUUUAUAGUCUAAACCGAGUGCGCUUUCAAACAUAAUGGAUAUGUCUGGCGCAAAUUCCCUCAACAUGAGACCACUGUUUAGUGGUUAUCCUUUUCAAGGUCAAGGCCGUGUGAACCAGUUGGGAGGAGUAUUUAUCAACGGACGUCCGUUGCCAAAUCACAUUAGGCUGAAAAUCGUCGAGAUGGCCGCUUCUGGGGUGAGACCCUGUGUGAUUUCACGCCAACUGCGCGUUUCUCAUGGAUGUGUAUCUAAAAUCCUAAACCGCUACCAAGAAACCGGUUCAAUUCGUCCCGGAGUAAUAGGGGGAUCUAAACCAAAAGUAGCGACACCGGAAGUGGAAGCUAGAAUCGAAGAUAUGAAAAAAAUGAAUCCAGGAAUUUUCAGCUGGGAAAUACGUGAAAAGUUGAUAAAGGAAGGAGUAACGGAUCCUCCCAGUGUUUCUUCAAUAAGCCGACUUCUGAGAGGGGGUGGCGUUGAUCCAGGACGGAAAGACGACGAUGGUCGAAAGGAUUACAGCAUACACGGUAUUCUUGGGGGACGCGGAUCGGACUCUAGCGACACCGAAUCGGAACCGGGAAUACUACUGAAGCGGAAACAACGGCGUUCGAGGACCACCUUCACGAGUGAACAACUGGAAGCACUGGAAAAGGCCUUCACGCGCACGCAAUAUCCGGAUGUGUAUACACGUGAGGAACUGGCCUCCACCACCAACCUAACCGAGGCGCGUAUUCAGGUGUGGUUUAGCAAUCGCCGCGCACGGCUACGCAAGCAUGCUGGAGCACAAAUGUCCACACCGCUAAGUAGCUUGGGCUCUUUGCCAAUGUCACAAUACCACCCAGGAGUAGCGUCGAAUGAUUCAUACCAAAUGGCGGCAGCAGCUAACUAUGAGUUUGUUGCACAAAAUCCAUCGACAUUUACCUCUGGUCACUUCCAGCACGGUCACUUUGGAGGACAAAACUUUUCUACUAACCAUAUGGGCUUCCACCAAAAUAAUCAAGAAUUCCUUCCAUCAGAAUACACCAAAAUGAUGAGUGAAGAGUAUAUUAAGCCGGCGCAUGAAAAUUCCAUCAAAUUAAGCCCCUCUGGUAAUCAGGCUGAAAACUAUGUUAAAGUACCUCCUGCAGCCCCGGUAACAGCAUCUAUUGCGCCACAGGAAACUCCAUGGAGUCAGUCCUAUCCACCACAUCAUCCAGGGCAAGCGUAUGCCACCAAUUUGGUUGGCUGCCCACCACCAGUCACGACAACGACCGCAGCAGAAUAUCACCCAAUGCAGCAAGCACCAACCGCCUAUCCAAACAAAUACUGGUCAUGAUCAGCUAUCGUGAUAUUCGCUACUCUUACGCUCGCAUCGCAAUACAUCAACCAUUAUUGACUAAAAUAUCAUUUAGCCACGAUAAUGUCAAUUCCCACCUCCUUAUUGUCAAAUUGAGAUCCUGACAAGUAGACUAUAUACAAAGGUUGCCACAUCCUUUCCGAGAACCCGAUUUGGGACAAAUACCAAUUACUUGACAUUAAAGUGAUAGCGUUUGCAUUAGGACUCUCUAGAA